AUGGAGGCCAUAGUCGAAGAACACAUAGACCCGAAUGAUUUGAAGAAGUUUGAAGCCUUGUACAAUACACAGGUUAUAAGAGGACACGUUAGUGAGAAAACACAGUUUGAUUAUGCCUGGUGUCUGGUGAGAAGCAGGUACACCUCUGAUAUCCACAGAGGUAUUGCACUCAUUGAAGAUUUACUGAGGCAUGCCAAGGAUGAUCUUAGCCAGCGAGAUUACUUGUUCUAUAUAGCAGUUGGUUUUGUCAGAAUCAAAGAGUAUGAAAAGGCACUGAAGUACACAGAUGCUAUCUGUAAAAUUGAGCACAAUAACAGACAGGCUCGACAGUUGGAAAGGUAUAUCAAAGCUAGAAUGAAGAAAGAUGGCUUGAUAGGCAUUGCUAUUGUUGGUGGAGCUGCUUUAGCACUUGGAGGGAUUGUGGGUGCAACAAUUGCUGCUUUGAAGAAGAAAUCCAAUCAGUGA